AUGAAACUUAUAGUUUGCAAUGAACUUCAAAGUAUAGAUACAACAAAAGUUUUGAACUCAGAUGCUUUGAAGAGUCUUAUAACAGACAAAGUUGGAGUUGUUGAAAGAAAGUAUAAAGACCAAAGAGUUUGUGAAAAUGUUGCAAACUUCAUUAUGGUUUCAAACAAUGCUGUUCCGAUGAAGUUAGAAAGUUCUGACAGAAGAUAUGUAGUUGUCAGAACGUCAGAUUCUCAUAUGCAAGAUACAGAAUAUUUUGACGACUUAGCAGAAACUUUGACAUCUGACUUUUACAACCACUUGUUCUCAUAUUUCAUGACAUUAGAUAUUUCUAAGUUCAAUCCAAGACAAAUUCCACAUACCGAAGAGAGACAAACAUUGUUAGAAGCAAACAAGAGUGUAUAUGAACUGUUCAUAGAUGAAACUGACUUUGAGUGUUUAGAUGAAAGGUCAUUGUACGAUUCGUAUAAACAAUAUUGCCAAGAGUAUGGUUAUAUGACAGCGUCUAAACGAACAUUCUUGGCAAAUGUCAAAAGUCUUUUAGACGUACAGAAUGGUGUAUAUACAAAGAAAAAUUUUUCUGAGUAA